GAGCUUGGUUCCCCUAGCUUAGGAGGCGGUAUCACUGAUUUUCGUUGCGCAGACCAUGGAUCAAUUCCGGGAUUUUCAAGCCUUUAUCCAGAAAGUUGACAAAUAUGGCAUGCAAUCGGGCAUUGUCAAAGUCAUCCCCCCAAAGGAAUGGACCGGCUCCCUUCCUGCCCUCGACGAAGCCGUCAAGAAGAUCCGGGUGAAGAACCCUAUCAUGCAAGAGUUCCAUGGCUCGCAUGGAACGUACACCCAGGCCAACAUCGAACGCCAACGCUCCUACAAUCUACCCCAGUGGAAGGCGCUGUGUGAGGAGAGCAGUCAUCAGCCGCCUGCCCGUCGUGGUGAGCGCCGUCGCAACCAGGAGCGUGCGCCGCGUGCAACCCCGACGCCGCGGCCGGCAACGACACGCUCCUCCGAACCGCAGCAGAAACGUGGACCCGGUCGCCCACCGAAACGGUCAAACCAGCAGCAACAACAACAACAACAACAGGUUAAGAUCAAGGAGGAGCCGCCCGCCGAUGAUGGCCUGGUUGACAAGACCAAGCCUGAAGGCCCGCCCACUCCCGUCUCGCCCGAGUCAAACCCGGUGGAGGCCAAGUCCGAGGAGCUGAGCGAGGGGGAGUCCCUGCCUGCGCCGAAACCCAAGGGCCGGCAACCUCGGUCUGUGACUGCGCGGCGCAAAACCAACAACCGCGGUGAUGCCAUCGAUGCCAUCGAUGAGGAGGCGUUCAAGGGGUUCGACUACCACAUCACCGACGGCGAGGACUAUACCGCAGAACGGUGCGAGGAGCUGGAGACGGCCUACUGGAAGUCGCUCAUGUUUAACAACCCGCUGUACGGGGCCGACAUGCCGGGCUCGCUCUUUGACGACUCCACCACGUCCUGGAACGUCGCACGGCUGCCCAACCUGCUCGACGUGCUGGGCCAGAAGGUCCCCGGUGUCAACACAGCCUACCUCUACCUGGGUAUGUGGAAGGCGACUUUUGCCUGGCACCUGGAGGACGUGGACCUGUACAGCAUCAACUACAUCCACUUUGGCGCUCCCAAGCAGUGGUACAGCAUCUCGCAGGCCGACGCCCCGCGCUUCGAGCAGGCGAUGCGCAGCAUCUGGCCCAGCGACGCCAAGAACUGCGACCAGUUCUUACGCCACAAGACCUACCUCGUCUCGCCCAGCAUCCUCAAGUCGCAGUACGGCAUCACGGUGAACCGCCUCGUCCACUAUGAGGGCGAAUUCGUCAUCACAUAUCCGUACGGCUACCACUCGGGCUUCAACCUAGGCUACAACUGCGCCGAGUCGGUCAACUUCGCCACGGAGCAAUGGCUCGACUACGGUCGCAUCGCCAAGAAGUGCCACUGCGAGGCCGAUAGCGUGUGGAUCGACGUCGAGGAAAUCCAGCGGAAGCUGCGCGGCGAGUCCACUCCGGAGUAUUACUACUACGGGGAACUCGAAAGCGAGCUGGAUGAGAUGGACGGCGCCUCGGAUCUUCUCACCCCGCCCCGGAGUGUCCCUGAGAAGGCCGGGAGCAGCAGUAGUACCAUCACCACCACCACCACCACCACCACCACCGGCGGUAGCACUCGCGGUCGCAAACGCAAGCUUGAUAACGGUGAGCCGCGCACCGGCAAACGCACUCGCAUGGGCCCAGAUGCUUCACGCAAACUUCCCUGUGUGUUGUGUCCCAAUAAUCUGGAUUACGAGGAUCUGUUGCCGACCGAGGAUGGCAAGGCGCACGCGCACCGGCGCUGUGCACUGUACAUCGAGGAGACGACCAUACUGCGCGAUGGGACCGGUCGGGAGGUCGUCUGCGACAUCGACCAGAUCCCCAAGGCUCGUCUGGGCCUCAAAUGCCUCUUCUGCCGCGAGGUGCGCGGCGCCUGCUUCCAGUGCAACUUUGGCAAAUGCACGCGGGCGUACCACGCCACCUGCGCCCUCCUUGCCGGCGUCCAAGUCGAGAUGGGCUCGCUCGCCGUCGUGGCCGAUGACGGGCAGACCUACUCGGUGCCCAGCGUCGAUCUCAAGUGCAAAUUCCACCGGCAGAAACGCCAGGCCUGGUACCCCGGCGAAACCGCCGACACCGACAAGCGUCUGAUCGAACGUGCCUCGCGUCUCAUCCAGGGCGACCUGGUCCAGUUCCAGGCCGACAAGGAGAUCAACGGAGCCAUUGUCCUGCAGAACCGACCGGAGGAGCGGACAGCUCUUCUCAAGGUUCUCCCACGGGGCGACAUCAUCGAGCUCCCCUACCGCUGGAUGCUCAUCGUCCGGCGCAGCAACUUCCCCCCUCUGCCCUCCGGCAUCGCACCCCUCCCAGCGCAUCUCGCGCGUAAGCCGGACCCUCGCCGCGAUCUCGACACGGGCCUGCCCCUGCCCGGGCGCCCAUUCUGCGACGCCGAUGCCCCCUAUCAGUGGGCCGAAUUCGAGUCGGUCGCACUGCGGGCCUCUUCUGACGCUGCCCCACCGGUGCUGGUCGACCUUGACCGGCACGAGCAGCUGUGGCAUUACCUGGGCGCCUCGUCGACCGAGUGUAGGGCUCAGUAUACGCACAACCCUAGCCUGCCCGUCCACAACCCGCGGGCCAAUUUCCUCGAUAGCGUCAAGUCGCUGGGCGCCCUGGCCGCUGCCGGCCGUCUCCCCCCCUCGUCCUCCUCCUCCUCCUCCUUGUCUUCGUCGCACCCCCACCACCAUCUUUAUGCUGCUGUUACUGCUGCUGCUGCUGCCCCUCCUUCCUCGCUCCCGUUGCAGCAGCGCCCUCCCCCCUCUGCUGCUGCUGCUGCGAUGCCUCCUGCCUACCACCGAUCCUUGCCUAAUAAUCGCAAUAAUAAUUCCCUUCAUCAUUCUCAUCAUCAUCAUCAUCGUCAUGCUCCUUACCCGUCCGUCUCCGUGGCAAAAACCUUACCGCCGCACCAUCACCUCACCACCACCACCACCACCACCACCAACAACAACAACAACAACAACAACAACAAUCAUAACAACAACAACACUACUACCGGUGGAAAUAAUGGAGUUAACAAUGGGAUCGGUGGUGGUAGUGACCUACCCACCCACACCUUUGCCAACGUUCGCGAACUCAUCGCCCGUCGUCGGCUCGCUCAGAUCACGGAACAUGCAAAUGUGUUUGCGGGUUAUCCGAUCAUCAGCCCGGAACAAGUCGUCGAGAUCCUGUUGGGACCCAUGGGUUCCGUACCACCACCCACAGGACUCGAAAAAUUGGAGCUGGCCAUGGCCCAGCGUCGCGUCCAGCCGCGGGCGGCGGACGGCACCCUACUGCCACUACAGCCGCUCAACAUGCGAUCCGAGGAGGUGACCCGUCUGCUGCAGAUGUUACGUUUCUCGCUCGUCAGUCACCGUGAACGGCUGGAUGUCCUGCACAAGCGGGACGCCGCUCGUCCCGAGACCACCGUCGACAAGGCCGCCAUCACCGCCGCCAAGUUGCCGGGCAAGUACGCAUACCUCGACCAGCAACGCACCCAGGUUCCCACCGUCUACCAGUCCCCCUACGACAUGCCCUCCGGCUUCUCCGCCUACGCUCAGCAGACUUACGGCCUGGUGCCCGCCCCGCCCGCCCCCGACCGCCCCGUGCUCCCGUCGCUCGCCAACGACUUCUUCGCCCGUCUCACCCCGGACCAGCAGGAGCUCAUCCUCCGCACCUGUGGGAGUUUCGUCCAGCAGCGCGCCACCUCCUCCCGUCAUCACAGCCGCCAGGGUUCCUCCUCGUCCAACCUGCGCCUGUCCGCCGCCCUCGCCCGUCAGACCGACCACCCAAUCAUCGACAUCACCCCGGCGGCGGCUGCGACCGGCGGCGGUCCCACCAUCAUCCUCGAUGCUGACGGCUCCGAUGUGCACCCCUCCCUCCGACCCAAUGACGAUGGCAGCGAUGGCCACCACCUGAACCACCACCACCACCACCAUCCUCAACAUCCUCAACAUCCUCAACAUCAUCCUCACCUUCAUCAUCCUCAUCUCUCUACUCAUCAUCUCUCCAGUCAUCAUCAUCUCUCCCUCGCCGCUCUUGACCCUCCGCUGCACGCCGACUCCCCAACCUCCAGCUUCAGCCGGUCGCAUCUACGCUUCCCGUCCCCAAACCAUGACUUUGUCCCCCACGCUGACUCGCAAGAUCAUCAUGAUCUCUUCGGCGACCAACAGGCCAACACGCGGUUCUGGCAACAUGGUCCUUGGGCGGCGGGCGAUGGUAACACCCCGAAUGAGGAAAACCGUCCCUUCUUCGGCCCCCACGAGCGCCUGAAGCACGACUACGCCUCAUCCGACAUCUCCCUCGGUCGCGGGCCGGGCUCCCUUCACUCCGUCGAUAUGGCUGGUUUCGGUCUCGACGUGCCGGACGAUCUCUGCGCCGACUUGAGUCCAUAGAGAGAGAGAGAGAAAAGAAAAUGCCUCCCUUUUUUUUUUUUUUUUCCUUCGCAUCUUCCCCCCGCAUUACACACUUUUUUUUGGCCUCGGAGUUGACUCGCAUCUUUGUAACGAUGUAUCCGGACUGACGACUGCAUGAAUGGGCGUUUCUUACCUUUUUAUUUUCUUCCUCCCUGCAUGUUCGCGUUUGAUUUUUUUUUUUUUUUCCUUCCCCUCCCUUCUGUUCCCGUUCCGAUGGAGUUGAUGCUAGCUGGCUGGUUGAGACUUGGUCGGCUCUUGUCUCCCGCCUCCAGACUUGGUCCUCCCUGG